GUCCGUCAGCUAAAGUAUCGACGAUGAUGUCACAGCAGCCACGUGACCUCACCGGUCCUACAGCUGGAUGGGAUCUAGAUGCAACUGUGCUCCUACCACAACGUAACAAAGCAUAAGUAGCGGUUCUGUCUCAGUGUUACAGAAUAUCACUGACCAUGAGCAAGAUGAAUAAGAAGCUGCCUGAGCAGAUCCUGAAUCACAUCCUGGAGAUUCUCUACCUGCUGACAGGAAAGCGGGUGAGUAACUCACUGACAGCGAAUCACAUGACCGGGGACAAGAUGACGACAGAGAGGAUACUGACCCACACCCUGCAGAUCCUGUACCUGCUGACAGGGGAGGUGCCUAUAAAGUGUGAUGAUGUUGCUGUGUAUUUCUCUAUGGAGGAGUGGGAGUAUAUAGAGGGACACAAGGAGCUUUACAAGGACGUCAUGAUGGAGACUCACCAAGCACUAAGGACUAUGGAGAUCCCAGGAAAUGAGAGCUCAGGUCACAGUGAUGAAAAUCUAUACCCAGGAGCACAUGCAGAACGUUUACAGAAUAUUCACCCAACAGACAUCACUGCAGAAGAAAGAGAAGAUCAGUGGCUAAGAAAUGUGCUUGAAGCUCCUCCAGAGCAGGAAAUAUGUGAAAAUAUUAGUACAAGUGAAUUUGCGUUUGUGCCAUGUUUGAGGGAAACAGAGCACAAGUGAGUAUUCUUGUGGAACGUGUCUAAGGGAUGCAGAACACAGGUAAGUGUACAUAUGAUGUGUCUGAGGGAUGCAGAACACAGGUAAGUGUACGUCUGUGAUGAGUCUGAGGGAUGCAGAGCACAAGUGAGUUUUCUGGGUGGAACGUGUCUAAGGGAUGCAGAACACAGGUAAGUGUAUGUUUUUGAUGUGUCUGAGGGAUGCAGGGCACAGGUGAGUGUACAUGUGUGAUGUGUCUGAGUGAUACAGGGUACAGGUGAGUGUACAUAUGUGAUAUGUCUAAAGGAUACAGGACACGGGUGAGUGUACGUGUGUGAUGUGUCUGAGGGAUGCAGGGCACAGGUGAGUGUACAUGUGUGAUGUGUCUGAGGAAUGCAGGGCACAGGUGAGUGUACGUGUGUGAUGUGUCUGAGGGAUACAGGGCACAGGGGAGUGUACAUGUGUGAUGUGACUGAGGGAUACAGGGCACAGGUGAGUGUACGUGUGUGAUGUGACUGAGGGAUACAGGGCACAGGUGAGUGUACGUGUGUGAUGUGACUGAGGGAUACAGGGCACAGGUGAGUGUACAUGUGUGAUGUGUCUGAGGGAUACAGGGCACAGGUGAGUGUACAUGUGUGAUGCAUCUGAGGGAUACAGGGCACAGUUGAGUGUACAUGUGUAAUGUGUUGCAGGGAUGCAGGGCACAGGUGAGUGUAAGUGUGUGAUGUGUCUGAGGGAUACAGGGUAUAGGUGAGUGUACGUGUGUGAUGUGUCUGAGGGAUACAGGGCACAGGUGAGUGUACAUGUGUGAUGUGUCGCAGGGAUGCAGGGCACAGGUGAGUGUACGUGUGUGAUGUGU